UCGAAGUCCCAAUAAAUUCCACUUUUGAAGAAAGUUAUGCAGAAAAUCCACUUCUUUCUCUUCACCAUUUUCUUUUUGUUCUUGACCUCGAGAACAGCUACGGCCGCCGAUUCAUCGUUGUCUGAAGCUAAAGUUUACAUAGUAUACACCGAGAAGCCCGAAGGACAAGAGCCCGAAGCCUAUGCUAUCAAGACCCUUUCAUCUGUUCUUGGCAGUGAGGAUGCUGCGAAAGAAGCUUUGAUAUACAUUUACAAGUAUGCUGCAAAUGGAUUUUCUGCUAAGCUGACUCCCGAUCAGGCGUCUCAGCUGUCGAAAAUGCCUGGCGUUAUUCAGGUCGAUCCCAGCCGAACACUCCAGCUGGACCCCGGUCCACCAGGGAACUUGCUUGUGUGA